AUGAAUAAGAAAAAUUAUUGCAUUAACCCAAGUAACCUUAAUAUAAAUAAAAAUAACGAAUACAAUAAAAAUGUACCGUUAAAUAUUUUGGAUGUGAAUAUGAAAAAUAUGAAAAAGAGUACAAGUGCUAAAGAUAAUUUGUUUGUGUUCAUAAAGAAAGCUUUUAUGUUUGGUUUAAUAAUUUGCUUAUUCCAAUGUUUAUUUUUUAUGUCCACAUUUAGUACAAAUGAUAAUAACAAGAUUGAGAAAAUUAAUAAAUAUAUAAUAAGUCGAAAUUUAAUAGAAGGUGGUGAACAUUUAAAUAAGUCCUAUGUACAGGUAAAAGAAAAUAUAGUUGAUAAGAUUGAAAACAUUUAUGAAAAUAAGAGGAAAACUUUUAUUACUAAGGUUAAAGACUUUUUUAAGAAGAUAAGUAAUUAUAUUGAAAAAGAAAUACGUCAAGUAUUAACAUAUAUUAAAGAUGGAAAAAAAGAUACAGUGAAAAGUGGUGUAACCUUUUUUAAUAAAAUUAUAGCUUUUUUUAAGGGUUUACAAAUAUUUUCAAUGCCUAUAUUAACAACAGUAUCAGCAAUUUUACUUUAUAAAUUUAAAUAUCAGUUGGCAUCCUUAUUGUUUGGAUUUUUACCAUUAAUUUCAGGUAUUUUUAUUAUGUACAAAAUAAUAAAAGUGAAUAGCGAAAUGUCCAAAUAA